GGCAGAUCUCAUCCAUUCACAAGCAAGGCUCUAUCCUGGACCCCUAUCCUAGCCUCCCGGACUCAAGCUUCCCCAUCUGUUCACCAUGGCGACAACAGCCGAAAUCCGAGCUCAACUCGGCAACGUAUUCUCCACAGGCGUCGAAUCACCGCCUGUGAACAUGAACGGGGAUCAGGAUGAUAUCACCCCCUUCCCCAGUCCCGCUAUGGGCAAGCUGAGCUUGCACCCGGACCCGGAUGACGAUUUCAUCCUCGACAAGCAAGUCACCGAGGAGGACAAGGCCGAGGCGCUCAAACUGAAGAACGAGGCCAACCAGGCUUUUGCUGCCCAACAAGACUACCACCUCGCCAUCAAGCUCUUUACCCAGGCCAUCGCUUUGAACCCCAACGAACCGGUCUUCUGGAGUAAUAGGGCCGCGGCGAGGAUGAAGUUGGAAGAGUACGGGGGCGCUGUUGCUGAUUGCACCAAGGCGAUCGAGCUGGACGAAAAGAACGUCAAGGCGCACUACCGAAGAGCUCUUUCUCAACUCGCCAUCCUCCGCCCUAGCCUCGCCGUCCCCGACUUCAAAGCCGUCCUGCGGUUAGACCCUCGGAACAAGCCCGCUAGGGAUCAACUGGAGACCACCGUCAAGCUCAUCCGACGUAUAGAGUUUGAAAAGGCCAUCAACGUCGGUGAAACAGAAUCCACCUCGAAAAAAGUAACCUCGAUGAUCCAGGACGGAGCUUGUCCGUUGGACACCGGGUCGUGGAAAGGACCCUUACCGGAGUACGACGAGGAGAGGAAGAGGUACACGCCGACGAAGGCGUUUGUGGAGGGGAUGAUCGAGGCGUUCAAAGACGGGGGCAAGUUGCCAAAGAGGAUCGUAUGGGAGAUCAUCCUCGGUUGCAAGGAGGCGUUGGAUAGGGAAGAGAGUCUGGUAGAGGUAACCCUCGAUAAGGGGGUCAAGUGCGAUAUCGUCGGGGACACGCAUGGGCAAUUCUACGACCUCUGCAACCUCUUAUCCAUCCUCACCCCUCCGGCCGAAGACCACGCCAUCGUCUUCAACGGAGACUUUGUCGACCGAGGUUCUUGGUCCGUCGAGGUCGCCCUGACGUUGUUUGCGUACAAGUGGUUGUACCCGAAGAGGAUCUUUUUGAACAGGGGGAACCACGAGACGAGUGAUAUGAACAAGGUUUACGGGUUCGAGGGCGAGUGCAAGGCCAAGCAUGGAGAGUUGACUUAUAAGCUGUUCGCCGACGUGUUUACCGCACUCCCGAUGGCCACGCUAUUGUCGGCCUCGCAACCUCCCUCGUCGACCAAAUCCGAAGGAUCUCAACCCGCCAUCCUCUCCCCGGACGGCAAGAAACGAUACUUUAUCGUCCACGGAGGUCUAUUCUCCAAGGACGGCGUCACGCUGGACGACGUGAAGAAGAUUGACAGGUACGGGAAACAACCCGGGCAAGAGGGACUCAUGUGCGAGCUCCUAUGGACGGAUCCUCAGGACGCACCUGGACGAGGGCCUAGUAAACGUGGGGUCGGGGUUGGGUUCGGACCGGAUGUGACCAAGAGGUGGUGCGAGGCGAAUCAGGUGACGGCUGUCAUUCGAAGUCACGAGGUCAGGCAGAACGGGUAUGCGAUCGAGCACGACGGACUCUGUAUCACGACGUUCUCUUGUCCCAAUUAUUGCGAUUCUACCGGCAACAAGGCCGCCUACGUGCGGAUGCAGGACGACGGGCAAUUGUCAUAUCACCAAUUCGACGCCGUACCUCACCCGGAUAUCCGACCGAUGGCGUACAGCGGAGGGUUCCAGGGGAUGGGCAUGUAGACAUCAGGCUCAGGCGAGGAGGAUACCAGGACAGGCGAUGUAUGCCAAGUAUCAUGACGCAUCGACUUGGAAUGUAGAUCAUGACCACAUUGCAUUUACGAGGCAGAACAGAGAAGGUCUAGGCGGUCUUGGAUACAUGUUUUAGAAGGGGUCUGAGAGUUCGGCAGAGGUCGAGUAUCUAUUUCUUGCCGACUACAGCUUCGUAAGCUUGGU